UGGGGCAGGCAUGGUUGUAUGUGGGCCACUGUAUGGCACCAUUAUGUGAGGUUAUUAAUAGGACAUAUGGUUGCUGUCAUUCGUACCAUCCAUGUGUCCGGCUGAUCUGAGGAGAUGUUUUUCUGCUCGUUAUUAUGUUUCUGAGCGACCAGUCGCUCAGAAACAUAAUAAACGCAGAAAUGUGAUUGGUUGCCCGGGGUGCAGUGUGGUCGGUGGACAGGUCCUGUAUACGUCGCCCUCAGGACUGGUAUUUACAACCAGUUUGGGCAGCUGAGUGUCAGCAGGUAUCCGGUUGUGAUUGUUGGUCCCUGCAAUCCUGCCCGGCCUGUUUGUCCUGAUUGUCUUGGCACUGCCCCAUCUUCUGGGUUACAGUAGUAAUCUGCAUACAGUGUCAUUCAGCAGGGGGAGGCCCGGAGGACAGAUGCUGCGUCUCCUGACAUACACGUCUCGGGGGGUCGGCUGUAUAAUGGAUCGUUAUUGGGGACUAAAACUACACCGACAUCAAGUGAGAGGUAUUGCUGUCCAUAAAGAGCCAUCGGCUGUUUAACUGAAAACACAACCUCGAGGCUUCGAGAUCCAAGAUGGAUAAAGGGGUCAGCGUCCAGAAUCCUUACGCCAGCGUUGCCAUCCCUCGAGCACAGCUGAAGAGCAGCUUCACCCGUGACACUCUCGGCAGCGAUCUUGAUGGGGUAGUGAUUACCAACCCCUCCACUGUGCCAACUUACCCUCCGUACAUCAAGCCGGAUGACAUCAGCAGCAGCAGCAGCAGCAACAACCCAAACCCUAACUCGCCCAACGGCAACAGAAUCCGCACGCAGGAGUCGUGGAGAGGACCUUACAACCCGUACGCCAGCAAUAGACCUCAAAAUGGAGGCCACAGCGAUAACAUGUACACCAUCGACCUGGACAAACGCUACAAAGAUACGGGCGCCGAUCAGAACGCCUGCUGCUGCUAUCCGUAUUGUAAAUGUUGUCCGUGCUGUCGGAAGUCCUGCUGCGUUGUCUCCUAAUACACGCUGACACUUACCCGAGCCACAAAACCAAAACGACUGAGCAAAUCCAGGGGGAAACUGUUCCGUCUGGUCACGUUGGGUACGAACUUUGGACCUUUUACUCGUCUACCAAAGAGUCAAAGCAAUGACGAGGAACUGGUCUAAUGCUAAGGUGUAGAUUCAGUGGCCAAAUUAAGCUGGUGGUGACUUCCGAAAACAAGUCGUCCAGUGGAUCGUUCAUUGUAAUGAUAUAGUAUUCAUAAUGCCAACAUGUGUCAAGAAAUUUUGAGAAAUAUGGACUCCAGCCAUCCAGUCCUAUGAAGACGUUACCUGUAUUGAGGACACUCUUUGUCCUAGUUGUUUAAUUAAAGGGGAUGCUCACAUUUAGCCAAUCCUGCCCAAAAUAUGUCCUUUAGAUCCAUCUAGAAUCCUUUCUACUGUUUUAUUAUAUGCAGGUAGUCCCUGAUACAGUUAAAGGGGUAUUCCCAUCUGGGACACUAGGAUAUGCCAUCAAUGUCAGAUAUGUGUGGGCCCCGCUCCUUUCUCCAAAGUGCACAGAUUGCAGCCGCACAAGUGCAACCUCCCUCUGUUCACUACUAUGGGAGUUCCAAAAACUCUGGCUCGACCAUUUCUGAGGCAGUGAACAGAGACUCUCCAUUCAUCACUAUAGACUUCUGAAAACAGCUGAGCACGCUCAUUUGGCUUUUUCGGAACCCAUAGCUAAAAUUAGAGAGUGUGCUGCGCAGGUGUGUUGUUCAUGCCUUUGCUUCUGGUGCCCUGUUUUCUAGAUAUGAGCGGGUCCCAGACAUCGACUACCUGUCAUUAGCAAUAUGCCAUCAGUGUCCCAGAUGGGCCGAUCCCUUUAAGGCCUCGUUCACACUUCAGUGUUUGGUCAGUGAUUUGUGAGCCAAAACCAGAAGUGGAGCCUCCACAGACAUGAGGUAGAAGGGAAAGAUCUGCUCCUGUUCUGUGUUUAGAGCCGCACCUGGUUUUGGCUCACAAAUCACUGAUGGAAAUCACUGACUAAACACUGAAGUGUGAACGAGGCUUUAUGAACAUAUCUAAUAGAGGAGCCCAUACGGCUUGAGUUUGGUAAACAAGGCUAAAAGUGAACAUCCCCUUAAAGUUAGUUUAUGCUCACAGUAUUUUGUUCACAUUAAGAAUGCAGCACUCCGGUAGCAGAUCAGAUGGAAAUAUCUGGCUUAAAUCUGCAAGUUGAAGGAACAAUAUUUUUAACACAAUUAAAACCUUCAUUGAAAAGAUGAAAGUUUAUUCUCUAAGUUGAAAGAAAUAUUGGAUUUUGAUGCCUCGUUUUAUGUAGAUACAGAAAGUGAUUAUGUAUAUCCAGACUUUUCUGUUAUAUUGUAAGGGAGUCAGGUACUCGGCGAGGAGUUUUUGAACUUUGAUAUUUGGUAUAAUGAAAGAACCAGUCUGAAGCCACAUCUCCUUCCCAGAAUCUCUCGAGACUAGGGUUUGAUGGGUGGGAGGACAACAUGGCUGGUCUAGAAUGCUGCAUAACGUACCAAGACAGUGGACGUCAAGUGUCCUGACCUAGUGAAGUAUGUCAAAGACUUUGGUUCUUGAUCAAUCGAAAGGACUCUUUGCGGAAAUGUCAAUGGUUCCUCAGAGCUUCUCAGGACUACGAGGCGUUCAUAUAUGGCCGAUGUAAAGAAGCCAGCUCUCAAGUGUGCAAUGCCAUUACCUUUUAUAUAUAAUUGUAAUUAAAAUGAUACGGUAAAAUAAC